AGGAAAGCGUGAGAGCUCAGUGUGAGAGGCAUGCUGAGCUGGACAGACAGGACUGAGACUGUCUACAUUGGAGGAACAAGGGCAUCAGUGGAUUCAUUUAAACAAGGAAUAUUAAGAGACAAAUUAGCUCAACUAACAUGCAGACAGAAGUCUUUGCUGCAAUUAGCCCAUAAUCAAAAAAACAUUGAUUUGAAAAUACUAGCAUAUCAACAGAUGAAGAGAUCACAUCCCAAUAAAAAUGGCCAGGACUCAUCUUCGCAUUACUGUGCUAAGUCUCUUGGAAGUAAUCCAAUCUCUGGGCUACUUACACAUAAUGAGGGGCACAAUGCCAGCUGCGCUAAUGGAAGCACCAUGGCAACAAAGAUGCCAGCAGUGUGUAGUGUGCCAGACUCUGGAAGCAACCAAUUCCAAACCGCAUUUAAGAUAUUCAUUUCAAGUUCAGAGAUAAAUGGAACCAGAGAUGUCCCUGUUGGUGUUCUGGCAAGUGAAGGGACAGGACAGCACUACUCCAAUUUGACAUUUGAAGACAUUCCACUGGGAAUUGAAAAUGCUUUGUUGGGCUUAGAUCCAUCUUCCAGAUUGACUUCUGAUUUGAGCUCAGUGGAUGAUCAUUUAGAAACUUCAGAACCAGGAAGCAGGUCCCCUGAUUCUAUAUGUGUAAACAGCACAAUAAACAUUGCAGACAAAAGUAAAGUGACUGGUCAUAAAAAUAAACACCAGGCAAUUGAUGAGAAGCAACAGAAUUCUAAAAAAUGUCAGCCUUUAGAAAGUCCUAACUUGGAAGAGCAUAAUCGGCAAGCAGUUCCUGUUGCUUUUGGUGAUGUCUCAGAAAAUGAAAGGCCACAGUGGAAUGUUUCAGGGCAGACAAGCACCAGCCUGGAUUACCGUAUGGACAACCAUACAGUUAAUACCCAGGCAGAAAUGAAAAUGCAGGUAUGCGUAGAUACCAAGAGAAAGACAAGAAGGGUUUCAUUGAGAAAACUAAUCAGUAUGGAAAAACUAAAGCCAGGAAAAGAUGUCCUUUCAUUCCAGUUACAGGACUACAGCCAGAAAGCCACCCUUCUGCCCAAUGGGCAUAUUAGAGAUCGUUCUGGGGAAAUCCACCAAGAUGUAACUUCCUGGAUAAAGGCUCUUCUAGGAAAUAACAUUUCAGUAACUUGGAAAUAUGUGGAAAAUAAGGUCACAUACUGUGGAAAAAAGCUAUUAAGUUUUAUGUCACAGGAGGACUUUACACCAAAGGAAUUAAAUCAUCCAUGUCUACAAACCCAAACAGCAUCUGUUUCAAGUCUUCACAAUCCAGUGAAUACCGUACUGAAUCCAGUGAAUACCGUACUGAAUCCAGUGAAUACCGUACUGAAUCCAGUGAAUACCGUACUGAAUCCAGUGAAUACCGUACUGAAUCCAGUGAAGACUGUACUGAAUCCAGUGAAUACUGUACAGAAAGUAAAAGACAUCUUACUGUUUGAUAAAAGUGAUUUUUUCCCAAGCCACAUUAUGGAUCAGAUUUGGGAAGAAUUUCUGAACAGUGGUAACCUGGACCUUUGAGGAAAAAUCCUUAGAAAAGCAAAGUUUUUUUUUUUUUAAUUGCUAUUAAUCUUGUUUGAUCUUGUUUUCUUCUGACUCUUGUUGGACAUCUUUUUAGUUUAGUGACUGGAUUUCAUGUAAAAAAAUAUUGCAGUCCCCAUCACAUCUGUUUAUGGUAUCGUUGAUGGCAUAGGGUCACAGCAAAAUACGGCUCUGGUCUUACUAUGGAAAAUGUUCAGUUUGGGGCAUGAUAGUAGAAGUCCAUUCACAGAUUCCUAAUUUUAGAUAUUAUUCAAAACAUGCAUUUGGCUGUAGUUGUUCUUUUUUUAAGGUCACUUCGAAAAUUUUCCAGAAAAUGUGAACUACAGCAUUAUUAUUUGUAAUUUUCUGAAGCACUAAAAUAAUUAAUAAAAAGAAUC